AUUUUUUUCAGGGAUUUCUGUCCAUCUGGAAAAGUGAUCUCCCUAAGGUGCAUAGAUUGUGGAACAUCUAGUAAGAAUACGGUCAGCAGCAGAAUAGUAGGUGGUACACCGGCUCAGAAUGGGGACUGGCCCUGGCAAGUGAGCCUACAAAUCGGCAGAUCACAUGUUUGUGGCGGGUCGAUCAUUACCCCGGACUGGAUUCUCACUGCUGCACACUGCGUAGAAGGAAGUUAUGCUAAGCCCAACCAGUGGAACGUCUAUGCUGGGUCAACCAUCAGAUCAGCUGGUUCUGUCUCCUUAGUUGAACAAGUCAUUUCGCAUCCCAACUACGACACAGAAACCAAGAACAAUGAUAUAGCACUGAUGAAGCUAAAAACCAGCCUAACUUAUAGUUCUACUAUCAAGCCGGUUUGUUUACCCAACUCUGGAAUGCCAUGGAGUGACACCCAGUCCUGCUGGAUCUCUGGCUGGGGUCACACUUCUCAAGGAGGCUCCACUACCCCUAACCUGAUGGCAGCUAACGUGCCCUUGAUUGACUCGAAAACCUGCAAUAAACCUGCUGUUUACAAUGGAGCCAUCACCUCCGCCAUGAUAUGUGCUGGAUACCUCGCUGGAGGGACCGAUACUUGCCAGGGAGACAGUGGUGGCCCCUUGGUCACUAGAACAAAUUCAUUGUGGUGGCUUGUCGGUGACACAAGCUGGGGAACAGGCUGUGCCAAUAUUAAUAAACCUGGAGUCUACGCCAAUGUAACAGUGUUCCUGGACUGGAUCUAUUUACAGAUGCAGGUACGGUAA